AUGACUCAAGUCUUGAAUACUAUCCUCGAUUCAACAGUCAAAACUGGCGAUUACUCGAGAUUAUCAUUUUUGCUCAAGAGCGAGGAGUCCGCUCCUUCUGCUCCAACAUAUGAUACGAAGGAAUUGAUGAAUCGCAUAUCUGAAUUGACAGGAAGCUCAAGUUCAUUGAAAGGUGCUUCAGCCUUUGAAGUUCUCAAAAACUCUCAAAAACGACUUGGCUUUGAAAUUGCCGGCAAUGAUAACAAGAGGAACAAAGUGGAAGAUUCCAAUCGCGGCAUUUUAGAAACCGACAAGAAUAGCAUCAAUCGCAUUCAGUCUGAGAUCGAUCAACUCAGAAACUCAAUUUCCACAUCAGCUUCUGGAGGAUUCUUGACUCUGGGGUUGAAAAUGCCUCUGUAUAAAGUCACAACCUCGAGCGUGAAGGAAGAAUCACCUCGGCCUUUACCAAAAGGGCCACUGCCUUUCAUCUCAAACAAAUUAGAUUCCUUGGGAGAAGUUUCAUUACGUUCUGGUUUGAAAAAACCUGGAAGCUUUCAGAAGCCAGCUGUAUCCAAGCAACAGAGGCGAGGAAACAAUCUCGGGUUUCCUCCUCUCUACUCAGCCUCAUUUGAGCUGAAAUAA